GCCUGCGUAGAUUUCUCGCGACGUUCAUCCGUAUCCUUGACUCUGCAAUCCACCCAUUAGUCGACUAUCGACUUUCUCUCCUUUACCAUUUCUGUGUCGAAAAUAAUAUUUACUUAUUACUUUACCCCACCCCUCUCUCAAUCAAAGUGCAUUGCAAAUACGGAUACCACAAGUCCUCUAAGAAACCAAUUUUGUCCAGUUAACUUGUACUGAAAUUGGUACACGAAUUACUAUUAUGUCAUUUGGUCCCGCAACCACAGUUCCUGACUUGUUUGUCACUUGUGGUUGUGCGUUACUCGUAAAAAUCGGCGACGAAACGUUGACGGAGGAGAUUUCUGGUCGUGGCGGUGGAGGCGAUUGCGACGGCGAAACUCGCAAAGCCAUGACCUUCCUCCUCAGUUGAUACCUGACCGAGAAACGUCGGCGGUUGAGGGACAAGCUUCCUCCUGACCGGCCCCAAACAAUCUACUAUCUUGGACCCCCACACCAAGCCAAAGAUCAAGUACCUCCCGAUAUCAACAAUCCAAGUUGACACCCCACGGCCACGUUCCCCAUCAACUCUUCACGUCCUAAUCUCACUCAGAAGCACAUAAAAACUCUUCAUUUUCAUUAUUUUUGAACAAUCCACCUCAAAAAAUAUCACGACGACGAGACAAAACAAGCCACGCGUAAAAAUGUCGUCCGAUUCGGAUUAUUCGGACCACUCUGACCACCAGAUCGUGUCCGUCUUCUCGUCCAGUGGGGACUCGGACUCGGAUCAUGAUGACCGUCCACGCUUGGACGACAUUAUCAUCAGCAACCCCACUUCCGGGGCAGACUCAGACACGGACAAUUCAGACAUGCCAGAAAGUGAGGAUCAUUUCUUUGAAGGGGUCGAAAAAUUACUUGAAGUUUGGUUUACCAAGUCGGAUGGGAAAACGCAGAAUUGUGAUUUGAGGAUGAUUCCAAGGGAGAAAAUCAAGGGUCUUUUGCGAGUCGUCAAGUGCGAAAUAAUCAACAUGCUGUCCAACGAAUGCAUGGACUCGUACGUUUUAAGCGAGAGCAGUUUGUUUGUUUCCAAGAAACGUUUUAUCCUCAAAACUUGCGGCACCACGACGCCACUCCUCUGCAUGAAAAAUCUGCUCGUCCUGGUCAAAAAAUAUGCUGGGUUUGACGAAGUUGAAGAUGUCUUCUAUUCACGAAAAAACUACAAAAAGCCAGAACUUCAAAGGUCCCCACACCGCCAUUUUGACCAAGAAGUGGAUCUGUUGGACACUUUCUUUCAUGACGGGUCAGCCUACUGUCUCGGCAGCGUGAAUCGUGACUGUUGGUAUUUGUACACGGUCAACUCACUCGGAAAUCGAAUGCAACAUUGUCGCGGAAAUUUGGAACCUGAUCAAACUUUGGAAGUUUUGAUGACCGAGCUCGACCCGAGCGUGAUGCGGAUCUUUACCAAAGAAGUUUGUAAAUCUGGACAAGAAGCUACUCUGAAGUCGGGAAUUGACAGAAUCAUUCCAAACGCACUUAUCAACGAGCAUCUAUUCGACCCUUGUGGCUACUCCAUGAAUGGAAUCUUCAAAAAUAAUGAAAAUCAAAGCUCUGAUGGAUCCUACAUGACUAUCCAUAUAACUCCGGAGGAAGAAUUUUCCUACGUCAGCUUCGAAACUAAUGCAUCCCAAUGCUCCUACAAGGACGUUAUUGGUCGUGUUUUGGACACCUUUCGCCCUGGAAAAUUUGUCGUCACUGUUUUUGCCAACAAGGCAAGUUCGGCAUACAACUCUCACGCGGAAAUUGAUCGUCUCGUCGCCAUCAAGGAAUGGCUCCGAAUGGAGAGUCAGUUUUGUCGAUUUAAAAACUAUGACCUGACUUACGCGCUGUACACUAAAUUCCCCAGCUGAGGACUCUUUUUCCCCGGCACCACUUCCGGCACCAACUCGGACUUGUCCAUGGACCUUUUUCUCCUCAUUCUUUCCGGUCACCAAAAUUUAUCCUGGAAUCAAAUUCACCUAUCAUUUCUGCUGCUGGGGAAGAGUCAUAACUCUGCUGGAUCUACGUCUUUUCACCACCCGGAAUUUUUUUUAGAAUUAUUUUACUCUCUCAUUUUCCACCCGUUAAUCCAGAACGAGGUUAAUUCAUUCUCCUUUACUUUCACUGAUCUCAAUUUUCAAUCCUACUUUUUUAAUCAUUCUUAUCUCGACACGAUUCGUCACAACUUUAAAGUUUUAUUAUUCAAGGGAGAAACUGGAAAGCAUAAUAAUAACGGAAAAACGGAAGACACUGCUAAAAUUGAGAUUUACGGAAACAACGACGCGUACCAUUUUCCAAUGGUAGAAAAUACUUUACCAGAUAAUUUAUUAGUUUUAAGGAAUGCCAACGAGAAUACGAGUUACUACACUUAUGAUGACAAGAAAAGGUGCUACUUCGUGAGACAAAAUGACUUCGAAAAUACCAAAGCCGCAGUCGAGACUUUGUACGCGAUUCUUUUCUUUUUAAUAUUGUUCCAAACAUUUUCUCAUCUUGUUUUUUACAACGUUUUCACUCUUUUUCUUGUGAGAUUCCACUCAAAGAAGAAUAGAAAAUGGUUGGGUUUUAGAGAACAACAACAGCCAUUUUAUGAUGAUAAGAAACGUUAUUAUCAUCAUCAUUUUCGCCAGCAACAACAAGUCAACCUUGAACCCGGUAGAAGAACGUGGAGAAGGAGAUGGAAUGACCAUAAAGUCGUUAUUAUGAGGUCAAUGACCCUUAUUCGACCCUUCCGGUCAUGUCACCAUCUCUGCUCCUACUCCCAGUGCAAACUAAUGGACUUUGUUCCAUCAAAGGAUAAAAUUUCCUGAGAUCGAUCACACUUCGAAAAAAAAUUUAAUAUUCUUUCCAUUUUUCGAAGUAUUAAAAAACAAACACCACCAAGAAACAUUACAACAUUUUAUGUGAAAAUAAUUUGUCUAUAUUUUUUAAUUGUGAUCUUUGAUCUCACUUUGUCAAACUACAGUUUGACUAUGCAUUUUGUGAGGGGACGUUUUUUUGGCGUUUUAAACGUUGUUGUUGGCCUAUAGCGAUUCGAUUGGUGAACUAGUGAAAAAACUGCUUUUUCCAGUAGAAUAUUAGUUUUAUCUUCAGCUCAUAAAUAUUCAAAUUAAAUAAAUACUCGAAAACUAGAUGAAAAUACUAUCCGAUGUUAAAGAGCGUAGUUUGCAGAAAUAUAUGUAACUAAAUAUAUUUAACAGAAGUAGAGUUAAUUGUUGACUGUUAAAAAUUAGUUAGUUUAAAUGUUACACAGAUUAGGGGACAGUAA